UACAUGAAAACAUUAACUCUGAUGUUCUGAAAGAUAUACAUGAUGGUGAAUUAUAUAAAGAACAAAAUCUAAAUACAGAACACACAAACUCUGCACAGGAAAUUAUAAAACUUACUGCAGUUCUCAACACUGAUGGUGUAAACCUAUAUUCCUCAUCCAAAGUGGAAUUGUGGCCAGUUUUUCUUUCAAUCAACGAAUUGAGUCCCACAUUGAGAUUUUCAAGAGAGAAUAUUCUUUUGAUAGGACUAUGGCAGGGUUAGGGGAAGCCACCUUUCAAAGCAUACUUUAGAUGCAUCAGUGAAGAAAUUAACUUCCUAACUCUAAAUGGUGUAGAACUUGAAUUAGAAGGAUCUGUUCGAGUUCAUUUAUUUGUAUUAGGUGUUACUUUGGAUUUACCAGCAAAGGCUGGACUACUAAAUAUGACUUUAUACAAUGGUGCAGAGGCAUGUAUCACUUGUGAGGAGCCAGGAAGAACUGUAACUCAAGGAAGAGGACACAGUAGGUGCUACCCAUACCGUCCUUCAGUGUCUCGUUUUCCCAUACGUUCAUCAGCAAAUAUAUUGCAGUUAAUGAAUGCUGCUACUGACAGAAACAGACAGAAAGGUUUCAAAGGUGUAUCGGGUCUUGCACAUUUAUCAAAGUUUAAUUUAGUGUAUGGAACCGUUCCUGAUUAUAUGCACUGUGUUUUGCUAGGAAUUGUGAAAACUUUAAUGUGCAGAUGGUUCUCUCCAAAGGAAAGUGGAAAAGAUUACUUUGUUGGUAAAGACUUGAAGCAGAUAUCCGAUAGAUUUCUCAAGAUAAAACCGCCAUAUUUUAUUGAACGCUUGCCACGUGACCUGGAAAAACAUUAUAUGCAUUUUAAAGCAACUGAACUUCAAGCAUUUUUGCUGUUUUACUCUGUGCCUUGUCUCCAUGGUUAUCUUGCUGAAAGAUUCCUGCAGCACUUUGCACUGCUUUCAGAGGCAAUACAUAUAUUGCUUGGGGAAAACAUCACCAGAGAUUGUCUUGAAAGGUCUGAAUUUCUCCUUGAAAGGUUCUACUCUCAGUUUAGUGUAUUAUAUGGGGAAGGUUCUUGUGGACUUAAUGUACACAAUGCUUGUUUACAUAUGCCCAUGUAUGUGAGAAAACUUGGUCCACUAUGGGCCUGGAGCUGCUUUUCUUUUGAAGAUGCAAAUGCCAUGAUUUUACAGUCAGUACAUGGAACUGGAGAUGUAGUGAAACAAGCCUUGAGGAAACAAGAAAUUGCGAUGUACAUCCGUUCAUCAGAUGAAAUUAGAAAAGCUUCUCGGUCAAAACUUAAAGUUACAUAUAAAGCACAAAACUGUGAUGUUCUGGGAGCGUUGCAUAGAAUUGAGAGGAAUCUGCCUGCUUGUAUAAGAGAAUCUCUUGGUGCUGAAAAUGCAGAAAAUCUUAAGAAGAUUCAAAGAGUUAUUGUGAAUGGUGAAAAAUUUUACAGUGCUGAAUAUUCAAGGAUGAAAAGGAGAAAUUGUCAUGCUGUACUAUAUUCAGGAGACAAAUUUGGUCUGAUACAGUACUUUGUAUUAGUCCAACCCUCUAACAAGGUUUAUGCAGUUUUGAAGAAAAUCGAUUCCAAUGUUGAUUCUUGGCUUUGUACAUAUGAAGCAGCAAAGCAUUUAAAUCCAGUUGUUCUGACAAAUUCAUUCAAUGUCGUUGGCGUUGAAAGUCUUAAUACUACAUUGCUGAUUAUCGAUCUGGAAAAUGGACAAGAGGCAGUUGUUGCUAAAAUGCCGAACAGACAUGGUCAUGCUGUCAUGAAAUAA